AUGGCAGAACCGGAUACAGGAUCGCUAUUGGCAAGUUUGACGCUGGAUGAAAAAUGCCAGCUCAUUGCCGGCCGAUCGCAAUGGCGAACAGCGGCUAUUGAGAGACUUGGCAUACCCUCCUUGAAGGUGACCGAUGGGCCGUCGGGCGCUCGAGGCGAGAUUUUUGGAGAGAAUGUUCCUGCUGCCUUUCUACCAGCAGGCGUGAGUCUGGGGGCGACCUGGGAUGAGAAACUCCUUUAUGAGAUCGGACAGUUACUCGGGGAGGAGUGCAAAUCCAAGUCCGCGUCUGUCCUGCUUGCGCCCACGAUUUGCAUCCAGCGGCACCCACUCGGUGGGCGCAACUUUGAAGCUUUUAGCGAGGAUCCGUAUCUCACAGGCAAGCUGGGUAUUGCCUACGUUCGAGGAAUUCAGUCCCGCGGUGUUGGGGCCACGCCAAAACACUUUGUUGCCAACGACCAAGAGACCAAGCGAUUCAAAUACAAUGUCAACGUUCCCCCCCGCGCCCUGCGCGAGGUCUACUUGUUGCCGUUCCAGAUGGUCGUCCGUGACGCGGAUCCCUGGUGCAUGAUGACGGCAUACAACAAGGUCAAUGGGCACUACUGCGAUGCAUCGAAGGAACUGCUCAUUGAUAUCGCUCGGGGCGAGUGGCGCUGGGACGGGGUCUUUAUGAGCGACUGGGGAGGCACAACAUCGACAGUCGAGUCGAUCAACAACGGGCUGGACCUCGAAAUGCCUGGGCCGCCUUCCAAGCGAUCGAAGGAGGCGCUCGAGAAACCCAUCCAUAAUGGGACUGUUAACUUACAUCGGGUCACGGAGUCCGCAGGCCGCAUCCUGCGCCUCCUCGAGAAAGCCGGCCGGUUUGCCGAUCCCCGAGAUGACCCUGAGCGGUGCGAGGACACGUCUGAGAAGAGAGCCCUGCUUCGCCGAGCGGCGGCCGGGGGAAUUGUUAUGUUGAAGAACGAAGCAGGAGCCCUCCCUCUGAAACCUUCUGAGAACAUCCGCAAGCUAGGCAUUUUCGGUCCAAUUGCCGCGCGCGUCGUUGCUGGUGGAGGUGGAAGUUCGUACAUCAAGGCCCCUUACUGGACGUCUGUCUACGACUCGAUAAGGGCGGAGUUUAGCAGUACCGCGACGGAGAUUGUCUUUGCAGAAGGAGCGAAGGUUAACCGGUACCUUCCUGUUUGCCAAGUGGCGACGAACCCGGAUACAGGCAAGUCAGGCGCGGCCAUCGACUGGUACAACGGGAAUGACCUGACGGUUCAGCCUGCGUUAACAACCCACACUGACGAUUUGUAUUACAUGUCGUUCGGAACCGUUCCACCUGAAGUUCAGGAGGGCUUCUCAUUCCGGGUCCGUGCAUCAAUCAGACCUCGUACAUCAGGACAUCACAACUUGUCUCUGGCCUCAAUUGGGCCGGCAAAGAUGUAUGUCGAUGGAGCCAUGCUAAUCGAACAAUCCGGCGCCUUUGAGGAAAAAGGAAGCCUCUUCUUCACGUAUGGCAGUGAGGAAAAGGUGACAUCAAUGGAUUUUUCAGCCGGUAGACAAUAUGGCAUCCGAAUCGACUACCAUUCUCACAAUCGCCAGUUCACGCCGGACGUCCAGCCCUUGCUAGAUCCCAUGGAAGACCAGUUUCAGGGUAUACGCUUUGGCUUCGAGGAAGCGGACGUCGCCGACCUACCCUCUGGGGCGGCCGGAGUAGCUGCGGACUGUGACGCCGCGAUUAUCGUCGUUGGGCGCGACAAGGAGUGGGAGACCGAAGGGCAAGAUAUUUUGUCGUUCAACCUGCCGGGCGACCAAGUCCGUCUAAUCCGGCGCGUCGCAGCGGUGUGCCCGCGAACCAUCGUACUGGUACAAGCUGGAACACCCAUUAACAUGGAGCCGUGGAUGGACGAGGUGUCCGCAAUCUUGUAUACCUGGUACCAAGGGCAGGAACUGGGGAAUGCAGCGGCCGACGUUGUAUGUGGCCAUGUAAACCCUUCCGGUCGACUGCCCGUUACCUUCCCCUGGCGGAUCGAGGACUGUCCCGCUUUCUCCUCCUUCCCUGGCGAGGAGAAUGAAAUCCACUAUACCGAGGGCUUGUUUGUCGGCUACCGCUGGUGGGAUCUCUUGUCUACCAAGCCGCUGUUCCCGAUCGGAUACGGCCUCUCCUACAACACCUUUGAGGUCUCGUCGGGCUCGAUUAUCACGCAUGCACUGGUUGCAGACAGCUCAACACCCUGGGUCGUUACGGCCCGCGUGAGGAACACCGGUGGGAGUGAUCUACCAGGUCGCCAGACAGUCAUCGCUUGGUUCUCGCAGUGUGCUCCGCGAAGGCUCCAGCGGCCGAAGAAGCAGAUUUGCGGAUUCGCCAAGUCACGGCCCUUGCUACCCGGUGAGUCAGAGGAGGUGGCGAUUCGGAUUGACUACCGCGCGUUUGGCGCGUUUGACAUCAGGAGACGGUGCUGGGUGAUUGAUGUGAAUGCUGAGUUUGAGAUCCUGCUGGGUACCACUGCGGCGGAUGCAGCGACUGCUUGGAAGGUGAAAGCGCCGAAGGAGGUUACUUGGAUUAGAUAG